GUGCUGCCGAACAGCCCCGAGCGCUCAUUAGGUGCAAACAAAUGCCUCUGGGAGGGUCUGAAGGGAGCACGGGGGCCGAGGAGCCGUCCCAGCCGUGUCAGGGAUGCGGAGGGUCCUAGAAUCAUUGAAUCACUGGGCUGGAAAAGACUUCUUGGAUCAUCGAGUCCAACCAUUCCUAUCUGCCACUAAACCACGUCCCUGAGCGCCGCAUCUACCCGUCUUUCAAAACACCUCCAGGGAUGGGGACUCCACCCCCUCCCCGGGCAGCCUCUGCCAGUGCCCAAUGACACUUUCUGUGAAAUUUUUUUUCCUGAUGUCCAGCCUGAACCUCCCGUGGUGUAGCUUGAGGCCAUUCCCCCUUGUCCUGUCCGCUGUCACUUGGGAGAAGAGCCCAGCUCCCUCCUCUCCCCAAUCUCCUUUCAGGUAGUUGUAGAGAGCGAUAAGCCGCCCCCCGUAAGGUUUGUUCCCCGGCGCCCCGCAGCAGAGCGCUCUCCCACCGCGAUGCCUCCGAGCCUCUGACACCCCCCCAAGUCCCACCUGCUUCAAACCCCAUUGCGAGAGGGAUUCGCACGCGCUGCGCGCCCCUCGCAGAGGGAAGACACCCGCCAGGGGCUGCCCCGUUACUAAAGCCCCCGAGACGCCGGAGGAGAAACGGGAGCGCAGCCGGUUGGAUUUUCCCCAUCUUACAGCACCUCGCAGGUCUCUUCUCUGAGCAGUACCGUUGCCUGAGUGAGUGGAAACAUACAGAUCAGCUGCAGGUUUCUGUCUACAACAGAGUGAAAGAGAAAGAAAAGGGUUGGGAAAGCAGAGACAAAUAUUGACCUGGACUUACAGAAAGACAUCCAAUGGCUGAAUAAAGAACCCCUGUUCAUGUUUUGGGAUAUUCUUUCAACUGGCUGGAACGAGAGCGGAUCAAAAGAAUGGGAAAUGCCAGCAGACCCUUUAGAAGAAUUGCUUGUUUCUUAUGCCUUUUAUCUGUGCUUUUGCUGACUGAAGGGAAGAAACCAGUGAAGCCAAAAUGUCCUGCCUGGUGUACUUGUACCAAAGAUAAUGCUUUAUGUGAAAAUGCCAGAUCUAUUCCUCGCAGCGUUCCGCCUGAUGUUAUCUCACUAUCCUUUGUGAGAUCUGCUUUUACUAAAAUCCCAGAAGGGAGUUUUUUGCUCACACCAUCUCUGCAGCUUCUGUUGUUUACAUCCAACACUUUUGAUGUUAUUAGUGAUGAUGCUUUCAUGGGCCUUCCUCAUCUAGAAUAUUUGUUCAUAGAGAACAACAGCAUUAAGUCAAUUUCAAGAAAUACUUUCAGAGGACUGAAAUCUUUAAUUCACCUGAGUCUUGCAAAUAACAAUCUCCAAUCGCUUCCAAAAGACAUAUUCAAAGGCUUGGAUUCUUUAACAAAUGUAGAUCUUAGAGGCAAUGCAUUUAAUUGUGACUGCAAACUGAAAUGGCUAGUGGAAUGGCUGGGCAGCACCAAUGCGACGGUUGAAGACAUAUACUGUGAAAGCCCACCAGAAUAUAAGAUGCGCAAAAUCAAUAGCCUCUCUCCGAAAGAAUUUGAUUGCAUUAUUACAGAAUUCAAAGUUUAUCAGACGCUGCCAUACCAAUCUCUGUCAGUAGAUACUUUCUCAUACAUGAAUGAUGAACAUGUGGUUAUUGCUCAGCCCUUUACUGGAAAAUGCAUCUUUCUUGAAUGGGACCAUGUAGAAGUGAUGUUCAGGAAUUACGACAACAUUACAGGUACUUCAACUGUUGUGUGUAAACCUAUAGUUAUUGAGAGUCAGCUGUAUGUCAUUGUCGCACAGCUGUUUGGAGGCUCCCACAUAUAUAAAAGAGAUAUUUUUGCUAAUAAGUUUAUAAAAAUUCAAGAUAUUGAAAUCCUUAAAAUCCGAAAACCCAAUGACAUUGAAACUUUCAGGAUUGCUGAAGGCUGGUAUUUUGUUGUGGCAGACAGUUCAAAGGCUGGUUUCACCACUGUUUACAAAUGGAAUGGGAAUGGAUUUUAUUCCCAUCAGUCUCUGCACGCCUGGUACAGAGAUACUGAUGUAGAGUAUCUUGAAAUAUCCGGCAAACCACAUUUAAUUCUGUCAAGUAGUUCCCAAAGACCUGUAAUAUAUCAAUGGAACAAAGGAACAAAUGAAUUUGUUAAGCGUUUUGAUAUCCAAGAUAUGGAAGAUGCAUAUGCAGUGAAACAUUUCAAAGUGAAAGAGGAUGUAUACAUUUGCUUAACAAGAUUUAUUGGGGACUCUAAAGUAAUGAAGUGGGGUGGUUCAGCAUUUCUGGAUUUACAAAGGAUGCCAUCCCGAGGGUCAAUGGUAUUCCAACCACUUCAGAUAAAAAAUUAUCAAUAUGCCAUUCUUGGAAGUGAUUAUUCUUUCACUCAAGUUUAUUAUUGGGAUGCUGAAAAGGCAGAAUUUGUGAAGUUUCAAGAAUUAAACGUACAGGCACCAAGAUCGUUCAUACAUGUCUCCAUCGAUAAACGAGAUUUUCUCUUUGCUUCAAGUUUUAAGGGAACUACAUUGAUUUAUGAACAUUGCAUAGUUGACUUAAGCGCAUGACACUCAUAACUCUAAGAUUACAUCAGACUUUCUACCAUAAGUGGACAAAAUGAACUAAAUGCAUGAUGACUCUCUUAUCUUACUUCCAAAUGAAUGCCUUUAAAAGUUGAGAUUGCUACAACAAAUUAUUACUAGUAUCUUCAUCUUUAAUUGUCAAGUCUAGUGGUGUUGGAAGUUGCAUUUUUUAACAAAAAGAAAUUAAAUUAACUGUUCUUUGCAUCCACAAUAUGUAAAUAUGUGUGCAACUGCAUCUGUUGCCAUAAAGAAUAUUAAGAUGUAAUUUUCCAUUUAUUUAUUCACCUGUUUGAAACAACUGCCAAAUAAAAUGUUUACAUUUUGUGUCUUUCACAUUCCAAAUAUUAUUUGCAGGUGAUACUUUUUAUUUGUGUAUAUAUUAUACACAUAUAAAAUAAACCCAAGAAGGCAUAUUGCCCAGUACAAUAUUGCCCAUGGAAGAUGCACAAUAUUGAAGAUCAGGUGAGUUUUACAUACAACAAGAAGUUCUUGAUAAAAAUACAGCAUCGACCCCUGGUCCUAUAAAUUAUCACCUGGACAUAUCUUUGCAUUUAUGGGAGGCUUCGCUGAUUUAAAUGGGGCUUCACCCAGAAAAGAGCAUUCUCACAUAGAUCCAGUUGUAGGAUAGGGCUUUGCACUGUGUAUAGCUGCAAGCACCUGAUUUUCUAGAUAUUUACAAGAAAUCAACAGAAUAAAAGACCAGGUAAAGGUCUGUCUUUCUUCACCUCAUGCUGAAGCAGCACAAAAUAAAUCUCUGUAUGACACUGGGGCUGUUACCAUGCUGAAAAUUAGAAGCACAGCUUAUUUUUCAGCUAGCAUUAUUUCUGUGUCUGAACUGUCACACAUCACUUGCAUGAAUUCCAUGUGUUCUGUCAAAUCUUUCCACUGUUAUUGCAGUUAUUUAAUCUUCAAUGAAUUUAUUCAUUAUUCUGAAUGAAGCUAAUGAAUGUGAAGUCAUUUUUUUUCACUAUCCUGCAAUGAAGUUUAGUAACAGAUACUUCUGAAAUUCAGGGAACUUUGAAUGUAUCAGGACAAAUUCCAUUGGUGUGGCAUAUGCAAUUCCAGGGAAGCUACUUAGAUCUGUUAAAUUAUGCCAAGACUGAAUUUGGUAUGAAAAUCUAUUACAAACUCAAAGUUAAAUAGUCAUUUGUUUACAUAUAUCUAGUGGAUCAAUUGUGAGAAACCAGUACUGCUACUGAAGAUCAUUUUUGCAGCCAAGUAAGAGAAUAUAAGGUGAUUUUAGACACCUUUGCACUUGGAGUUACCAAGUCUUGUGCUUUGGUGCCAUGUUUAAAAUAUACACGUCAAUACUGUACAUGUUUAUACGCAUUUCUAACAUUUCUAAAAUUCACAGGCACUGGUUGGCAAAUGAGACUCAUCAUGCUAUGCACGUCAGAUAAUCACACAAGCUGAUUCUGCAAGCUGGCUGCUUCCUGUACUCACAGAGACCCCAAAAAGACAGGGCAGUUUAAGCCUCAGUCACUUCUCCUUCGGUUAUGGUGCUGCUGAGAGCAUCUGUUAGUACAGAAAAAAAAGUAAUCAUUAAGAAAAAAGCCAUAUAUAUUUUAAGAAGUUAACCCUAAACAGCAUGCUCCUGUAAUAAAGUUUUUUAUAUUAAAUGUUAUUUGAAAAGGAAAAAAAUCCCACAUAAACAAUGCUUCUCUAAGAAGUUCAUUUUUCUGAUGCCUUUUUAUCAAUAGCUGCCUGUGCUCUGGUCAGUAUUUGGCUUAAUAAUUAUCUCUUCCAUAAAUAUUUACAAGGUGAUGAGAAAGAUUUUAAACUAUGUUUCACAGUAGAAGCCACCGAUGUUUUUUUUAACAAAUACAUUUUCAAAAACCGUCUUGAUAAAUCAUCACUCAUUUGAGAGAUUUCCUUUAUAAAUCUUUACUUGCUUUCAAACCUCAUGAUUUCAAACCUCAGAUGAAUCCAAAUAAUAUUUUUUUAUUAUUUCUCAAUGCUGGCUGCACAACUGUGAUUCCUAACUCAGUUUGUCCAUCUCUUCUUCAAUCCCCAUUGCGUAGAAGAGGAAUGAAAUGGAAAGUCAUGAACCAAGCCCCAAACUAGCAGCAAAACAUGAAGUGUUUUCCACUUCAUCUUGCCUUUUGUUUCAGUCUUUUACUUACAAUCUUAUUGAAUUGCGUACACUGAUUUUGAUCUGAUUUCUUCCAUUAUACUUGCCUACAUGCAUUCUCUAUCAAAUUAUCGAGAUAAUGGCUAUGUAUCCUUCUUAUUAUGAACGUAUUAUGGAUGUCUGGCUGCCUUUAAGUGGAGUUAGAUAACCUUGCUAAUAUUUAUUUACAAACACUAUGCCCCAAUAUAUUGCCUCACAAUUGUACCUUGAGAAGGUUGUUUCAUGGAAUUAUAUUACAGCCAUCUACAGGCCCUAUGCUAUAGUAGUGCUAUGAUUGUUUUCCUGAAUUAAUUUAUUUUGAAACAAUAUGAUGGACUUAUGGGAAUUCACUGGGUUUUUUUUUUUUUCCUGUCUUUAAAGGAAGAGUUUAAAAGCCUGCACUUACUUACUCACUAAAAUUUUAUGGUCACGAUACCGGUAAAACCAGCCAUGGUAUAGUGGAGCGUGGUAAGGGAUUAAUCUGCUGCAUUAAUCUGCCAUUUGGUUUUACUCAGGAAAUUUUACUGGUAGUCAAGCACUACCAAUUUGGGAAGUACUUAAUACCUAUGUCACUUUUGGAAGUUCAACUAAUUCUCAAUCUAAAUCUGUUCUCUUUUGAAAAUCCCCUUCUCUGGUCAGUUUAUAUCAGAUGAAGAUUCACAGGGACUACAGUCGGUUUCUUAUCAUGCAAGUAUAGCAUUUCAUUGCACCACGUAAGGAACGGGGAUAUUUUUAGAACAGAACUCAUAAUCCUUAACGUAGAAGAGUGUAAAGGCUCAUUACGUGGCUCCCUAUGCUGUUUCUUCCUAGUUUCAGACACUGGGCAUUUUAACAGCUCCUCUGAGCAAAAGGCCAUAUUCCGUCCUGGUUCUCUGCUCAGAAUUCCUUCUGUGGAAUUCCCAGACAAAGACUAAAAUAGAACCUUUUAUCAUAGAUACGUUAAUACUUUCUUUAGAGGUUUCUUAAGCAAGGUCUACUUUACUUGCAGCUGAAUGGUUGUCUCCUGCGGUUGUAAUGGAUUUGCUAAACUCCCUAAUCGUUUUGUUUAUGACUGACAGUAUGUAAAGUCCUAAAGGUAUUAUAGAAGACACUAUUGAAGGUUAUUAAUGGAUAAUGCUGAUACUUGAUGCUGCUUAGUCAUGUUGUCUAAGACAGAAAAAACUGUUAAUGGGAUUGUAUUGUAUUCCUACAACUACUUCAUUAUGAUUUUAACGGAGCACAAAUAUAAAAAACAUACACUUCUCUACACAAGAAGGGAUAUAUAAAAUACAUUCAGAAUACCUGAUACUACACCAUGUGCAGCUUUUUUUUUUCCCUUUGUCUGUUGUAAUGUCUAGGACUUGCAGGUUUUUUUGUUUCUACUUGUUUUCCGCUGAAGAAAUAUUCCAAAAUGCAUUCUGCCUACUAAGAAGAAAAUUCAUUAAGGAAAACACUCAUUCUGUAAAAUAACGGAAGAAAUAGGGACAAAUUGUAUUACUGGUUUGGAGUUGCAUUUUAAUUACGACUUACUCUUAAUACCCUCCUUUUUUUAAACUUUAUUUGAAGGGGCGAUAACAGCCAUUCAAAGUACUCUUGAGGACAGGAAACAACUAUUAGCAUAGUUAAUAAUAUGCGUGAUAUGCUUUGAUGUGUUCUAGUGGGAAGCUAAAUGUCUAACAGCUGUAUUUAUGUAUAUGAGCAUUACAAUAGAUUGUGC